UAGUGCGCAGGCGCAAAGAGCUGGCGCAGGCGUUUGCGCGGCAAGCUCCCAGCGCCCGGCUCGUUCCCUCCUCUGGCCUGAUGGGAAGCGGUCAAAAUGGCGGCGGUCGGUGUGGUGGCUGCUCGCCUCCUCCUGCUAUUGCUGAUGGCAGCAGCAGUCCCCAGCCGGGCCCGGGGCAGUGGCUGCCGAUCCGGAGCCGCUCUGCGGGGGGCCGGAGCAGAAGGUCGAGAGGGUGAGGGCUGUGGCACGGUGGGGCUGCUGCUGGAGCACUCAUUCGAGAUCGAUGAUAGUGCCCACUUUCGGAAGCGGGGCUCACUGCUCUGGAACCAGCAGGAUGGCACUUUGUCCCUGUCACAGCGGCAGCUCAAUGAGGAGGAGCGGGGCCGGCUUCGGGAUGUGGCAGCCCUGAACGGCUUAUACCGGGUCCGGGUCCCUCAGCGCCCUGGGGCCCCUGAUGGCUCAGAAGCUGGCAGCUAUGUCUCCUCUUUCGUCCCCGCGUGCUCGCUGGUGGAGUCGCAUCUCUCGGACCAGCUGACGCUGCACGUGGACGUGGCUGGCAAUGUGGUGGGCGUGUCAGUGGUGACGCACCCCGGGGGCUGCCGGGGCCAUGAAGUGGAAGAUGUAGACCUGGAACUGUUCAACACGUCUGUGCAGUUGCAGCCACCGGCCACCGCCCCAGGUCCCGAGACCGCGGCCUUCAUUGAGCGCCUGGAGAUGGAGCAGGCCCAGAAGGCCAAGAACCCACAGGAACAGAAGUCCUUCUUCGCCAAAUAUUGGAUGUACAUCAUUCCCGUCGUCCUGUUCCUCAUGAUGUCAGGAGCACCAGACGCCGGGGGCCAGGGAGGGGGCGGCGGCGGGGGUGGUGGCGGGGGCAGUGGCCGCUGAGGGUGGGGGGCAUCAGCGCCUGGUCUUCUUUCAUGCAGGCAACCCCCUCCCGCCAGAGUGCUCUUGUCCUUGAUCAUCCCAAGAAGGAUUUGCUAGCUCCCCCUGUCCCCAUCCCGUGAUGGUAGGGGGAUACUCCUCCUAGGAGUCCUUUCCCUCUAGGCGGACAGGUGGCCAGAUUCUGGCAUACCCUGCCUUCCCCUGUGAUCCUUCCAUAGCCCCAAAGGCUUCCUUUUGGCCACAGCAUGGAGCUCGAGCUCCUGGUCCCGCUCUGACCUUAUGUUUUCCCCCCUUCCCCUGAGCCUUGUAGUUUGGGAACAUGCCGAGUUCUCUCCAGCCUCUGUGCCUUUGUUCGUGGUCUCCUCGCCCUGCCUGUCCCAGGCCUGGCUAGAGGGUCCCCCUAACUUGUCUGACUGGAUUGGCCCACACACUUUCCACCUGUCUGCCCUCAGGGGCCUGGCACAGAGCAGGUGUGGGCUGGCUAUGGGCGUCCCUUGGCCCCAUUCCAGCAGCCCUGCCUUGGGACCCCGCUUCGGCCUUUAUCUGCCCAUGGCUCCAAGCAGGAGUUGGGGUGUUGUGCCCUGUCUGGAUGCCAGGCCUCCCACAGGCUUUGGGGAAUGCAGAAAUGUUUAAAGUAAAAACAAAGUAAUGUCUGGUAGAGUUGAGAGCCGAUGAUGUAAAUAGAAUCCCUUCCCCAGCCUGGAAUGUCUUCCCUGGGACAGGCCACCAGGAGAGGACUGCUGGCCUUUCCUAUUUAUCAUCCCACCCCGCCGAUCUAUUUAAAAAAUACCAACAAUCUAUUGAAAUACAUCAAUGUUUUGAAAAGGUAUGACUUCCAGCAACCAAAUGCAACCGUUGAUUUGGUUGCAGGGAAGUCCUUAUGUACAGGCUUUAUUGAAUUCCGCUCUUUGCUCUAUGUAUUAUCCAGAAACACACAGAAAUGGCUGUCAUGGUCGCUGAAAUGUCUGUGUAAUGCUUUGUGGUGUUGUAUGGUGGUUUAUUAAACUGUUCCCCAAAUGUUCAACAUUUAGCUUCCUGCUGGAUAUGGUUAUAAAUAGCAUGGCAGCGAGUGCUCUCCAGUC